ACGACUGGCGAGGAUGGGGCCGGCAGCAGUGGCGACAACUUGGUGGCGGCCGACCACGGCGACGGGAACCACAACCACGGCGACGAGAACCACGAAGGCGCUGCCUCUUCCGGCGCCGUCGUUCCCACUACCGAGCCGGGACCUACGGCCGACAACGGCGACGGUCUGCCAGACGGUCUGCCCGCUCUCGACGAUGAUACGACUCCGACACCCGUCACCUUUGUAGACGACCCUACAAAGUAUGCGCGCAAUGCCAAUCUGCAUGCGCUCGGAAGCAUUGCCAUAUCAAUGCUCCUGCUACUGUCGCAGAAUCCCUUCGACGGCAUAGCAGAGAAGAUGAAGGACGCCGCGUCGGAGCACAGACGUCGAUACGACCAACUGCAGAGGUCUCUCGAGUCGGUCCGACUCCUCUUCACCUCCAACACCGGCGACGACGGCGACGGCGACGGCACCCCGAGCCCCAUGGUCUUCGCCGACGACCUCGACCUCGACUCCCCCGACGCCAGCACCAUCAUGCAGUUCUGCAACCUGGCCCAGAUGAGCGCCUGGCUCGUCGAUGGCGGGCCGGAGGCCAUGCGUCUGGCCGACGUCCACCUGCCCGCCGUCUUCCGUGACGAGAUCAUGGGUCUGCCGAAGCGCAUAGUCAGGAUGCUCGCCGACCUCAAGACGCACAGGGCCGUGCAGUCGAUGCGCGAGAGGGGCGUGCCCUCCCUGUCGGACCAGGAGCUCGAGGACAUCUUCCUCGUCGGGCUCGAGGACAGGCUGCGCGAGCAGAACAUUGCCAACCAGAUCAUCGGCACCGAGGAUACCGUGACCGGGAGCCUCCGGAACCGCAUACACGAGAUUCAGGCCUUCCCACCAGAGACGGACCUGCCAGGCACGUACCCGUGGGAUGAGCUGAUCAGAAACUUCUCCCCCCACGCGCGGAAUCAGCUUGCCCUGGCUCCUGAUCUCGGCAGGAAGCUGGGCAUCGCCAUGCCGGCCACGGAGCACUCGGUUGAGCCGAUGCCCGACGAACCCGAGAUCGACGCUAUGGAUCUCGAGGACCUGACCUCGUUCUUUGAAAGGACGGCCAACGGCCUGGUCGAGAACGCCCUGGCUGACCUGGACGUCGAGCAGCUGCAAAACGAGACGCUCGGUGGCAGCAGCCACGGCGCAACUGCAACGACGACCGAGACGGCGGUGGUCAACGAGGACCAGAGAAACGAUCACAGCAACGCUGACAAUGACGAUAACAACAAUAGCAACGACAGCAGCGGCAGCGGCAGCGGCAGCGGCAGCAGCAACAGCAACAGCAACAAUACGCUGCCCUCCAAGCCGGAGGAGACGAUAGCCAAGCCAAACGGUCACCUUACAGAUUACAAGGAGCUCGAGGCCCUGGUUGCCGAGAGCACGUCCAACUAUGUCAAGACGACACUGCAGGGCCUGUCGCCGACACCGUACCAACCGACAGUCCCGUCCAGCACGGCCGAGAGCAUGGCGGCCCAGUCGAGCUACAUGCACAGCCUACAGCACGCCGCGCCCCAAACCUCGUACUACACCACCUUUGCACAGACCACAGCCGACCAGCAGCAGCAGCAGCAGCAGCAUCAACAUCAGCAUCAGCAGCAUCAGCAUCAGCAGCAGCAGCAGCAGCAGCAGCAGCAGCAGCAUCAGCAUCAGCAUCAGCAUCAGCAUCAGCAGCAGCAACAGCAGCAGCAUCAACACCAGCCCCAGCAGGCGCAACAGCAGCCGCACGUCCCUGGUCAGAACCUGCCCCCCAACCAGAGCUGCUCGAGCGCGCUGCUGUACGAGAAGGCGCGCCAGGCUGCCCUCUCGCGACAGACGGCUCACACGCGGCGCGAGGGCGUGCACUCGACGCGACGGCCGUGGUCGCAGGAGGAGGAGAAGGCGCUGAUGACGGGUCUCGACAUGGUCAAGGGGCCUCACUGGAGCCAGAUCCUCAGCCUGUUCGGCCCCAACGGCAGCAUCUCGGACAUACUGAAGGACAGGACGCAGGUGCAGCUCAAGGACAAGGCGCGCAACCUGAAGCUCUUCUUCCUCAAGACCAACUCGGAGAUGCCGUACUACCUCAACAGCGUGACGGGCGAGCUCAAGACGCGCGCGCCCACCCAGGCGGCCAGGAAGGAGGCCGAGGAGCGGGCCCGGCUCAACUCGGAGGAGGACCAGGCCAAGCUCCACGGCAUCACGACCCUGACCGGCAACGGAGGCAUGCACCAGCACCAUCACCAGCACCAGCACCAGCACCAGCUUCAGCACCAGCACCAGCACCAGCACCAGCACCAGCACCAGCACCAGAACCACCAGAACAGGGCGACCAACGUCCAACAGCAGCAGCAGCAGCAGCAGCAGCAACGCUACUCCACCACACCUACACCCGCCACAGCAGCAGGGACGCCCGUUCCGCAGCAGCAGCAGCAGCAGCACUCCCCCGCAUCGCCAUUCGUGCACCACCCACACUCGGCGUACCACUCUCCAGCUCAGGGGUCACACAUGGCCAUAUCAUCACCCGCCACACCGACUCCACCCCAGCAGCAGCAGCAGCAGCAGCAGCAGCAGGUCGACCCCCUCGUCGUCCCGCCCCAGCAUGAACUGCACGCCCUGCAGGAGCAUACACGGCAGCAGGAGCAGCAGGACACGGACAUGUCCGGGGUCGUGGAGCUCGAUAACGAGACGGAGGCGGCUCUCAUACGAGAUUUACAGGCUGCUGUUGCACAGGCUACAUCGACGUGA